AUGAAAUUAAAAAUUAUAUAUAAUAUAUCAAUAUAUUUUUUUGUAAAUACAAUAUUAUAUAAAAAUGAUAAUUUAGCAUGUGGACAUUAUGUAAAUAAUAAUAAAAUAAUUACAAAAGAUAAUGAAGCAGAUAAUGAUAACGAUGAAUUAAUAAUAGAUAACUCAAAAAAGCCCUGUAAUGAAAAUACACCAGUUAAUGUGAAUUUUCCUCAUGAUAUGGAAAAUGCAAGUAUAUCUAAGGUUUUUAAUUUUGAUGAAAAUUUUCAUCAUGAUAUUUCAGAAGAGGUAGAAAAUACAGAAGAUGAAGGUCAAGAAUUAAAGAAAAUGUUAAACUAUUUAUGGAAUAUACCUAAUGAAAUAAUAAAUAGAAAAAACAAAGUUAUUGAAUAUAUAAGUGAGAAAUUAAAUAAAGUUAAAUUGUAUGUUUUCCCUUUUAAAAAAAAAAACAAAGAUCAAGAAAUAAAGGAAAAGAAUAUAGUAAGUGAAGUAAAAAACCCUCGUGUAGAAAUUAAGAGAACUGAAAAAUUAAUAAAUUCUCCUGAUGUUGAUAUAAAUGAGCAAAAACUAUUAAAACGUUAUAAUGAGAUGAAAGGUAAUAAUGAUAAUAUUGACAAAAUUGAUAAUAUUGAUAAUAAUGAUAAUAUUGACAAAAUUGAUAAAAAUGAUAAUAUUGACAAAAUUGAUAAUAAUGACAAAAUUGAUAAUAUUGACAAAAAUGAUAAUAAUGACAAAAAUGAUAAUAUUGACAAAAAUGUUAAUAUUGACAAAAAUGUUAAUAUUGACAAAAUUGAUAAUAUUCACAAAAAUGAUAAUAUUCACAAAAAUGAUAAUAAUGACAAAAUUGGUAUCCAUCAUAUGAUUAAUAAUAAAGUGAGAACAAAUAACGUUUCUCCAAAAAAAAAAAAAAAAAAAAUUAAUAAAAAUAUGAAUAAUAAUAACAAUGAAUAUGAAAAUUCAACAGAUUUAAAAAAUACAAAUAUGAUAGAUAAUAAAAAUAAAGAUUUAUUUAUAGGAAAUUCUGAUUUCUUUUGUCAUUUAAAUAAAAAUAAUGAUGAUCCAAUUAAUAUAAAAAAUUUAGUCAUGUGGCCAAUCGCCAGUAGAACAAUGAAUAAUCAAAAUGAAAUUACAUAUUUGGAAGAUGAAGAUGAUGAAGAAUAUGCUACUACUAAAUUUUUAAGAGCUCAUGAUAUACUUUUAAGUGUUGAUGAUCAUUUUCCUGUAGAAGAUUUAAAUAAUCUUAAAAGAUUUUUAUUAUACUUUAAAGAAAUAUCAAGACGAUUAACAAUUACUAAUAAUAAUUAUAAAAAUAUUUAUGAUGUAAGUAAACAUCUUAAAGCUUUUAAAUAUGUAGAAAAUAUACGUUUUACAUGUGUUACAAAUACAUAUGCAGAAUGUUUAUUAAAUUUUAUUUAUGCUCUUGAUUAUAUAAAAUAUAAUGUACCCUUAUAUUAUAAUAAGACUUAUUAUGUUCUAAGGAAAAUAUCAUUAGAAAUUAUUAAAGAAAUUGAAAAACUUACUAUGCUACUAGUAAGAUUAAAGCACGAAAAACUAUAUACAAAAUGUAAUAUGUAUUAUAAACAAUAUAUAGAAUUAGAAUCUAAUGUGAAAAAUACAAUUCUAGAAAAGGUUAAUGAAUUUCAAAGUAUUUUAAUACGUGAAUACCUGAGUUUUCAAAAAAAACUCAAUUAA